AUGGAGCCAAGAAGCGCAGAAGAUCAAGCAAAAAUCCCCAAUUCUAUGUUGUAUGAUGAUCCAAGUCCAAGUCCACCCAACGGAGAGAGAAAGAUAGGCCAUGGCCAAGACCUUGUCAUCUCACCUCAAACCCUAGAUCAACCAAAGCCCAGAAUUGAUCAUCUACUUCAACCAUCAAUUCCCACUUCAAGUCCAGCUACAGCUGAAUUCUCCAGAAUCAUGACUUUGACCCCAGCGACGCCUCCGCCGGAGGCCAAUUUCCGAUAUCGCGAGUGCCUCAAGAACCACGCGGUAAGCAUCGGUGGCCACGUCGUCGACGGGUGUGGCGAGUUCAUGCCAAGCGGGGAUGAGGGCACGCCGGAGUUCUUCAGAUGCGCCGCCUGCGGGUGCCACCGCAACUUCCACCGGAAGGAGAUCGUAGACUGCGGCGGCAGCGAGCCGUGGCGCUCGACCAAUUUCCAGUAUAAUCAUCAAAACGGAAACGGCCCCCUCAAUUAUGGUCUAAUCAGGCAUGCAGCCAAUUCAAUCCCCCAGCAAACCCUCCUCCACCAAAGCAGCCGCCGGCACCAGGGCUUCUCACCGGGGCCUGGUCAGCCGGUGAUGGUGGCGUUCGGCGGGGGUGGCGAGGCGGAGAGCUCAAGCGAGGAUCUCGGCCGGCGCGGCGACGGGGGAGGGUGGCGACAAGAAGACAUGGCGAUGGUGGUGCAGUCGCAGCAAUCACCAAAGAAGAGGUUCAGGACAAAAUUCCGCGAGGAGCAGAAGGAGAGGAUGAUGGGGUUUGCUGAGAAGCUGGGGUGGAAGAUGCAGAAGGGGGAUGAAGAUGAGGUGGUGAAGUUCUGUGAAGAGGUGGGGGUGAAGAGACAGGUGUUCAAAGUGUGGAUGCACAACAACAAGCAUGCCAUGAAGAGGAAGCAACCGUGUUAACACGAGAGACACAGAAAGAGAGAGAGAGAGAGAGAUUGUUCUUCUUAAGAACAAUUUUGGUUUUAAUUCAAGGGUUCGCUUGUGAUAAUCAUAGGAUGAAAUAAGUUUGGGCAAUGUGCGAAACUUUUCAUUUCA